UUUAGGAAUCAGCCUCGGAGCAAGGCCAGCAUUUCCCUGAGUGAGUCGCGUGUGAAAACUGGGAAGAGAGUCUUUGGCAAGAUGUCAUCAGCAAACAGCCAGAACAACAACUCUGAAGUUACAGCAGGUUGUCCCAAAACUGUGAGACGACCAGAAGAGAACACUCCCGGGAGCGGUAACUCCCCGCUGGACUUCCAGGAUACUGUCUCACUGAAAGAAAGGAUGGCCAUGUAUCAGGCUGCUGUGUCCAAGGUAGAGAGCAGCAGCUCCUCUGCUAACGCUUCAGAGGAAACAGAGCCAAGUACGGUGCCUGGCGGCCUUGCAAGAGUAAAGAAACAAUUUGAGAAAGGCCAGAUGACCUCAUCACAAAACACCUUUGCUCAGUACCAGCACAAGUCUGUACAGGAGAUGUCAAGUAGUAGGCAACACACGGUAUCAAGUAGCAGCAGGGAAACUGAAGACAAUGAAAUCACCUCCAAAGAAAGUCACAUGGAAACCCUUCAAACCAAAGAGGUUUCUCAUCGUGAGCAAGUUACUCAUGAGAGAACAGAGGUUUCUACACUCUUUCAGCACAAUGAUGAAACAGUAGUCAAUACAGCUAAGAAUGAAGAGUUCCCAAAGAUUUCAACACAGGUUUUAAAGCAGCAGUUUGAAAGGACGGCUCGGGAAAAGGCUGUUCAUUCUGAUAAGGAGACUGCAACACCUGCCAAGCAAGCAAAGAUUGCAAAUGGGUACCAGGAAGCUACAUGGCCAUCAGGAGUUAGUUGUUCCUCUGCUACUACGACUUCAGCAAGCAGACUACAUGGAACUUCUACAGCAAGGAAAAGGCAGCACGGAACUGCUGCCUCUGCGAUGCCUUACACCAGGUCCCCUACGUACGGAAACACAGAAAAUUUCCCCACUACUGCCACACCAGCUCCAUUGGAAACGACAGAGAUUUCCCAGUCCCCUGAACAAUCCACCUCUCCAACAAAGUCCACUAUCCCCAAAGAUUUGUACUCAAAACAAAGAAAUGUAUACGAAUUGAAACGUUUAUAUAAACAUAUUCACCCAGAAUUAAGGAAAAGCUUAGAAAAAGAUUAUUUAAAUGAGAUUUCUGAUAUUUUAUCUAGUGAAUCUGAAGCAAGGAAUAUAACGUCAGGAGAUGUACAGCAGGCUAGAUAUGUUUUUGAAAACACUAUUAUCCCUCAAAAGUUUACAAGCUCAGAAAAAGAAUAUUUAGAAUGGGAUGAAAUCCUAAAAGGUGAGGUCCAGUCUAUGAGAUGGAUCUUUGAGAACCAACCUCUAGAUUCAAUUAAAGAUGACUCUCCAGACCCAGACAAAGUUAAAAGCAUCGCAGAGCAAGAAAUGAUUGUAGGUGGAGAUGUUAAAUACACAACCUGGAUGUUUGAGACUCAGCCUAUCGAUGCACUGGGUGCACAUUCUUCAGAAUCUGCAGAAACUACAGACAAGAUCCCAGAAUUAGCUAGAGGAGAUGUCCGCACAGCCACAUGGAUGUUUGAAACCCAGCCACUGGACUCCAUGAAUAAAAUUUAUCAUGAUGAAGAACAGACACCAGAUGAGACUUGUGUUAGAGAAAUUCCUGGUGGUGAUGUAAAAACUGUAAAAUACAUGUUUGAAACACAGAAUCUGGAUAAACUUGGGCAGUUAUACUCAGAGGAUGAAGUUAAUUUGCUGCAGCUGAGGUCUGAGCUUAAAGAGAUUAAAGGAAAUGUGAAGAGAAGCAUAAAGCAUUUUGAAACUCGGCCAUUAUAUGUUAUCAGAGACAACCUAGGUCAAAUACUGGAGAUUAAAACUGUCCACCGAGAAGACAUUGAAAAGGGAGAUGUUAGAACAGCACGCUGGAUGUUUGAAACACAGCCCUUAGACAUGAUUAAUAAAGACUCAGUGGAAAUUAAAGUUUUACGUGGAAUCUCCAUGGAGGAAAACGUCAAAGGUGGUGUGCACAAGGCAAAAUGGCUUUUUGAAACACAGCCUUUGGAUACUAUCAAAGAGGAUUCAGAGGAAACAAUCAUUCAGAAGGAAACUAUUCUAGGCACUGAUGUUUCUAGAAAGUGCUGGAUUUUUGAAACUCAGCCCCUUGAUGCUCUAAAAGAGAAUGAUGACACAUCUCGUCCCCUUCCUGAAGAAAUAAUAGGAGGUGAUGUAUCUGGUACUAAACAUUUAUUUGAAACUUUACCAAUGGAUGCAUUAAAGGACAGCCUAGAUGUUGGUAGGCUUCAAAAGGUGGUUGCUACUGAUGAAGAAAAAGGCAAUGUAACGCAUCAGAAAUGGGUUUUUGAGACUAAACCUCUUGAACAGAUCAGAGAAGAAAGGAAGGAAUUUGUCAGAACUGUAAAGCUUGAAGAAAUUGACAGAGGUGACGUGAACAGCUACAAAAAAAUAUUUGAAUCAAGCAAUUUAAAGAAAUAUGAUGAAUCACAAAAAAUUUACGUGGAGGGUGUAGUACGAGGAGCUGUAGAGCUGAACAAAGCUCUUUUUGAAACAACUCCUCUAUAUGCAAUUCAAGAUAGUCACGGUAAAUAUCACGAAGUUAGAACAAUCAGGCAAGAAGAAAUUUUAAGAGGUGACGUAAGGAGCUGCAGGUGGCUAUUUGAAACAAGGUCUCUUGACCAGUUUGAUGAAAGUGACAAAAAAAUCCAAAUUAUUAAGGGAAUAUCUUCACAAGAAGUAAUUUCUGGUGAUGUGAAAACAGCUAAAUGGUUGUUUGAAACUCAGCCUCUUGAUGCAAUUAAGCAUUUUGGUAAUGUGGGAGAAGAAGAAGAAAUUAAAGCAGAACAGAGGACAGACAUUGUUAAAGGAGACGUAAAAACAUGUAGAUGGCUUUUUGAAACGCAGCCAAUGGAAUCACUGUAUGACAAAGUUGAGGUGGUGACUGACAGUGAAGAAAUACAUAAAGGAGAUGUCAAAGCCUGUACUCAGCUCUUUGAAACACAGUCACUGGAUGCAAUAAAAGAUGGUACAGAAACAACAAAAAAAUUACACACUGUGAAUCGGGAGGAUAUUCAGGGAAGUGAUGUCCGUACAGCAUGUUGCCUUUUUGAAACAGAAAACCUAGAAAAUAUACAAGGAGAAGAAGGCAAGGAAUUAAAAAGAGUAAUGGAAAUUGAUAUUCAGCCUGGGGAUGUUUCAACUAUGAAGCAAAAAUUUGAAAGCCACUCAUUAGACUCCAUCAAUUUCAGUUCAGAGGAAGCUCUGGAAAAAAUUAAAGCUAUUCAAAAGCAGGAAAUACAGAAAGGAAAUGUUUUACAUUGCCGAUGGCUUUUUGAAAACCACUCCAUUGAUGAUAUAAAAGCAAAUCAGGAAGACAGUGCCUCAGUCAAAACUGUAGCAGAUAUAAAGGGGGGAAAUGUGAGAAAAAGUUGUUUUAUUUUUGAGACUUUCUCUUUGGACCAAAUUAGAGAUGAAUCUGAAAACACCAGCACCAAGAAAACCAUUAGUGAGGAGGAAAUAACAAAGGGAAAUGUUAAAAACUAUAGAAUGAUGUUUGAAAAUCAAUCACUCUAUGCAAUUCAGGACAAAGAAGGGAAUUAUCACGAAGUAACAACAGUUAAAAAGGAGGAAGUGAUUCAUGGAGAUGUAUGUGGGACAAGGUGGUUGUUUGAAACAAAACCUUUAGAUUCUAUUAAUGAAUCAGAUAAUGUAUACAUUAUUCGAGCUGUCACCCAGGAAGAUAUUCAGAAAGGAGAUGUGAGCUCUGUCAGGUACAGAUUUGAGACUCAACCAUUGGAUAAAAUUUCAGAAGAUGAAAAAAUAACCGUGCCAACCAUCUGCAGUGUUAUAGGGGCUGAUGUGAAGGCCAACAAACGAUUAUUUGAGUCUGAACUGCUAAAUAAGGGCACAUAUGUAAGAACUGUGAGUGUCAGCGAAGUCCAACAAGGCAAUGUCAAAACUGCCACCUGGCUAUUUGAGACACACACUCUAGAUGAGAUUAGAGCAGAGGGGUCAGAAUAUAAAGAUGUUCGAACAGUCACAAAAGAAGAAGUGCAAGAAGGUGACGUUCAGCAUGCAGUGUGGGUUUUUGAAAACCAGCCACUGGAUUCCAUUAAAGAAACUGAUGAAAGUGAAGUAAGAACAGCUAAGGAAGACAUUCCACAGGUGGAUGUAAAAACAACAACAUGGCUCUUUGAAACAACACCCUUCCACGAAUUUAAUGAAAGUAAGGUUGAAAAGCAAGAAAUUAUAGGCAAAAGUAUCAAAGAAACUCUAAAAGAACUUUACUCUCAAAAAGUUGUGGAGUCUCAUGGAAUUAUCAUUGAGUCAGAUGAAAUCGGAGAUGUCAGAAUGGCAAAAUACAAACUAAUGAAUCAAAAGGCACCCGAAAUACAAAAAGAAGAGAUUAUUAAAGGGGAUCUAGGCAACAUAAUGAUGAACUUGCUGUCCAGAAAAAGCACGACCAAAAAAGAGAUUGUAGUAAAUGAUGAUGAAAAAGGCAAUGUUAAUUUGACCAAAGCUCAGUUACUGAACAGAUCAAUAGAUGAUCAUGUUGAAAAAGAAGAGAUCGUGAGAGGUGAUAUACAGCAGGCUAUUAAAAAGCUAUUUAGUAAGGAUAGCUCCAUAAAACAAGGAAUCUUAAUUCAGGAAAAUGAGAGGGGGGAUGUUAACAUGACAAUAUAUUCUCUCCUUCACAAAAAGGAUGGACAUAAAAUCCAACGCGAUGAAGUGAUAGGUGGUGAUGUGAAACGUACCAUUCACCGCCUCCUGUCUUCUAUAGCAAAUAAUGAAAUAUCAGAACGGGCUAAAAUAGAAGAAAAUGAGAGAGGCAAUGUUCAGUUUUUCACAACCUGCAUAGAAGCUGGAGCGUUGGACUAUCUGAAACUGUUCCAAACAGGGUCAGAUGAAACAUCAACAAAUGAGAAACAAGAGGAAGAUGAGGAAAUAAUUGCCGGUGAUGUAGAAGGCACAAAGCUGUUGCUGAAGAAACACAGGUUCCCCAUUCAACGUACAGUUGCUGAAGCUGACAUCAUCCCUGGAGAUGUGUGUAAUGCAGUUAAAAGUUUCACAGCAGAGCCACAGGAUAUAUCUAGUCAUAUACAGAAAGAAGAAAUUAUAAAAGGUGAUUUGAAGGCAGCUUUACAUUCCCUCAGCCAGGCCAUAAGUCAAACAACAGUUAGAGAAAAGGAAGAAAUUAUAAAAGCUGAUAUCCUGGCAAUAUUGAAGUCACUUGAAGAAGCUGCUUUUCAACUGAAAGAAGCGGAAAAGCCCGAGGUCAUACCUGGAGAUAUUAAAAGGGCUAUUGAGUCCCUUGAAAAGGCAAUAAACGCAAAAAUCGAAGUUCUGAAAACAGAUGUUGUUCGAGGGGACCUUGAUUCAACAUUAAGGUCUUUAAAAGAAGCUCAGCUAUCUUUCAAGAGCGCAGAGAGAGGAGACAUACUCAGCAGAGAUACUCAGAUUGCUGAGCACAACGAGCUAGAAAUCUGUGCAGAGAAGAAAAUGGUACAAUCUGCAGAAGGGCGCAGAGAUACAAAAAGAACUGCCAAACCAGCUUUAAAACCACCUCAGCAAUUAGCACAUGGUAACAUAACUCAAAAUGAAGCGAAGUCUGUUAAAUCUCAUCAUGAACGUUACCAGGAAGUGCAGGCUAAAAAUGAGACUUUUCUGAAAGAAGCUGCAAAGGUUACUGAAAAGACACAUUUAGCGCAAAAUCAGAGUACUGCGUCUCUUGAUAUUCAUCAUAUUAAACAGAUGAAUUUACCUAGUUCGCAACAAAUGGGCACUGAGAAAAUGGAAGAGUCAAGAGAGAAACUUCAGCACAAUGGAGAAGAGGACACAAAAUCUCUUACUGAACAACACAUGAAAAAUCAGUCUACCUUCUGUGAAAAAGUUAGAAGAAAUCAUGUGGCAAAGAGAGAAACAGAGCAAUCUCAGCAUCAUAGAGAGACUUUUGACAGAAAAGAAACAAACUCUGACCAGGUGCAAGAUGUAGCAACUGUGACAGCAGGACAGAGUGCCCAAGACAAAGUCACACAGGAAACACACAGUAAUUUUAAAGAAACUGAGAGCAGGAAAAUGAUUGGUAAUUAUCAGGAAAAUAAGAAAUCAGUAGGCCAGUUUACUGGAAAGAUUAAAAUGGAAGCUACUAAAUCAAAUGCUCGAUUUCCAGCAAAAACUCCUCUGAAUCAAGCCAAAAAUGUAAUGCAGAAAGAGACAACAGAAAUGGAUUCCCUAUUCCCACCUCCACCAUCCCUUCCCCCAUCACCACCACCUUCAGUUACAUCUUCUGAAGGAGAAUUUCCUCUACCUCCUCCACCACCUCCUCCUCCUCCGAUGUCUGAUAAACAGAUGUUUCUUCCGCCACCAUCACCUAGAGAAAGGAUCAAAGCUGAGUUUGAUCAUUUUCCUCCUCCACCACCACCAACAAUAGAUGACAAAUCUGAAAGUGAGUUCCUAUCUGGUCUCCCUCUACCACCACCUCCCCACCAUCUUCUGAUUCUUCCUACAACGCAACCAAGGCAAAAGAAAAAUCAUGUUCCUAAAUACCCAGAGGAGUCACUGCCUCAUCCAGAGCAAACUCACGCCAGAACUCAAGUGACAGGUAAAUCUACUGCCGUAGCCUCAUCACAAAACCUCACCAAAAGAGAGCCCGCAAGGGGCAUGGAAGGUCUCAAGUCCAAAAUGCCUCCUAAAUUUGAACCAACAGUGCUUCAGACGCGCACAGAGACGGAUAUCACCAAAAUAUUAGCAGAAAGUAGCAAGUCUGAAACUCUGAUGAACAUGGUUAGUCACGAACAGAAACAAGUGAGCAGUCACACAAGAGCAGAGGAGGGAAGACUACUGUCCUCUGCAACAGAAAUGGCUAAUUAUUCACCCAAGGCUCAGGAAGAGAUUCUAUCAGUCCAGAAAAAGGAGAUUUUUCCAGUAAUGAAAUCUCCUUCUGUUCCUUCAGAGAAUGAAACACAAAUAAAACCCAAGCCUCAUAUUCGAAAAUUUGUAACUCCUUUAAUGAUAGCUGAAGAAAAAUACAGACAACAAAAGGAAGAGACAGAGAAAACAGAAGUCAAAAAUUAUUGCUUUGACUCAGCUAGAACAAACAAUAAUAUUCAGGGAAGUCCAGAUGAAACGUUAUUACAGAAAUCAAACAAGCAAGAUCAAGGUCCUGCACAAGGAGCAGCAGCCCCAGGGAUGCCAGAGAAAAGUACAACUUCUGAUUCUGAUAUUCAUGUCAAUUUACAAGCAAGAGGCUUCAGAGGCGAUUUUUAUCUAUCUGCAUCAUCGGCCACCAAGCAGCUUCAGAAAGUUUUAGAAGGCUCAGAGGAAGAUCACAGUAGUAAAAAAGCACUACCUGGUGCAAAAGAUAACAUAUGUCAGACAGAAAAAGCACAUCCAGAUCAGACAUUACUUAAGCAUGAGCAGCUGAAGAAUGUGGAGCAAUUGACCAAGUCUCAAAAUAUAAUCAGUCCACCAACAUUCAAAGUUAAAACUAUUAAGCUUCCCAUUGGAGAGCAGAGCUUGCAAGAGACUCAUGAAGAUUAUGAAAUGCAGCAAAACCAGCAGGGAAUUGAUGUUCAAAAUAUUUUCAUGCAAUGCAAUCAGAAGAAGCAGAGUGAAGACAUAAGCCUUACCAUCAAGAAAAAAGAAAAAACUGCAAAGCAGUAUCACCAAGAGCACAUUAAUGGGAAUGUAUUAGCUGAAAAAACACAUUCAAAAUUUACACAAAGCAGGCAUGAAUCUCAGAAACAGGAAUUCAACCAAAUGAAACAAAAAUUAGUUAAUGAAAAGGAAACAAGAAAAGGUGAAUCCAGACAUGAGAAAAUCUUGCUGAAGAAAGAGAUAAAUGAGGCCCAUGUAGCAAUUAAUCCAGAGAAAGACAUGGCAACAAUUCAGAAAAAACAGGAGCAGCCUAAGAUUAAACCAGCAAUGAAAGCAGUCAAGGGAAAAAUAAGUGACAGGCUGCAUGACUCACAGACCCAAAUUACCCAACAAAAGAACGUGUGCGUUUCUGAGAGUAGAGUCCAAAAAACAAGCGAGUCCCAGGAAUAUAACAGGCUGCAUGAAAAUGCCUGUGUCAAACACAAAGGCAUACAAGUAAAAGAAAGACUCCUAAAGAAAAAAGAACCCAAACAAGAAAAUACACAUAAAAAUUCUUCAUGUUCUUCCUCACCACUGUAUCCUGAGGAAAAAUGUGCAGUAGACAUAGUAGAUAUUUUGAGAAAAAAAGAGGAACUGCAGGAAGUUUUGGGUAGGGUGAAACAGUUUGAAGAUGAGCCAAAUAGAAUUGAUCUAAAAACAUUUAAGACAUUUUUAAAUAUUAUCCCUGUUUGGCUAAUAGAUCAAGAAAGAAAGAAAAAUGUAGCUCAUACUAUAACAGAAAAUAAUUUUGAAAAAGUGAAAGAAGAACUAUCUGAUAUUAAACAUCAAGCAAGCCAAAUGCUUGCCUCAUAUGAAGAUUCAAUCCAAACUGCUGUCUCUUCAAGAACAGUCAAAUCCAGAAAUAAUAGCACUACUUAUCUAGGUCCUUCCCAGAAAAUAUCAGGCAUUACUAUUGGCUCCAAUAAAAAAGACCUGCCUAAAACCACAGGCUCUAUUAAAGCAGAAGCAGUGCAUCAGGAAGCUCAACAGCAGUGCAAUGGACUUGGCCAGACAGAAUCCAGGCCUUCUCCAGCACUAAGAAUGAGAUCCCCAUCUCCUACUUACAUAACAAUUGAAUCUAGAAGGACAGACUCUCCUCUAAGGGGGACACCCUCUUCCCCUACUCAAAGAGAAGGGACUUCGUUUCCUCUCCCACAUCCCAGAUCUGCAACAUCAAAAGCUGAAAUCCAACAUCCACAGUCUUCUCCCUCUCCUUCAAGAAGCCAAGCUGAGCAACUGGCUAAGCUGAAAGACACCACAGCAAAACUAUCACAAGGCGCAACACAGCAUCGAGCUGUAAAUCCACUUCCGAUUAUAGAAAAAAGAUCAGAAAUCGUUAAAUCUCCUGCAACACUUCGCCGACAAAUUAAGAUUGAAAUGCACGCUAGGAAACCUUUAUCCUCUGUAAAGUCACCUGUAUAUGAAUCUCAAGUAACUGCUGGUACAGUAAAAAAUACACAAGAAACACAAGAAAAAAGACUACAUGCAGAGAAAAACCAAUACUUGUGCCAAGAGCAAUUAAACAUUCCAGAACACUUACAGUCUCAGAGUGAAAGUUCAGAUUCCAUCUCAGUGACACAAAAAUUUGAGAGUCCUGGGAUUCAUCGGCCAGGGCUUAUUCAUAGGUUUGAAGCAUCAGAGACAGUAACAUACACACAACAUGAACCAACUACAGUAGUUGAGAGGUUAAGUAACGAAGGUGCAUAUGAAAAGGGUAAUUUUUUAGGAAAAUUUGAGGACAAAGUCAAGUCAAUGGAAAGAGAUUUCAGAAGUGGUGAAGCAGAUAGCAAAAUAAAGGACAGAACCCACAUAUUUAACCGAGAUGAGUUCUGUAUGGACAGUCAAAGGCAGAAAGCUAGUUUCCAAAACUCUUCUUGCUGGCAGCUAAGAGAAACAAAGCAAGAUAUAUCUUAUAAAACAGGGCAAUGUAAAGAUAAAGAACAAUCAUUUCAACCUGCAGUAUGUUUGGAAACUAAGUCCCAUAACAAGUGUUCUUCUGAUAGGGAUACAUUAAGAAACACAGUAGUUGAAUCAAGAACUGCUACUUCAGCCUCACAAAAUGCUAACAGUACGCAGUCAGGAUUCAGCUUCAAGCAUGCCCCCCCAACAUAUGAAGAUGUUAUCUCUGGACAUAUUCUGGAUAUUUCUACUACUCAAUCACCAGAAGAGCUACUGAAAAAUUUUCAGAAGACGUGGCAAGAGAGUGAACAAGUUUUUCAAAGUCUAGGUUACACUGUCUCAGAUACUUCUGAAACAGAAAUGAGAAGCAGCUUCCAUGAGGAAGCAGAGUAUUUCAGUGAAACUGCAGCUUCAGGAACAGGAAAUAUGCACACUUUGUCAACAGAGAGUCUAUCCAAUGGAAUGCCUAAUCGCGGACAAGCAGCAUUUCCAUAAAUCAUGUUUCCGAUGUCACCACUGUGGCAGCAA